AUGGAUGAAUGGAUGCUGGCUGUUUCGCGCUUCGGACCGCAGGUCCUGCUCCCUCAAUCGCUCAAUGCCACCCUCACAGCUCACACUAGCGUCGUAAGGUGCGUAAAGGUUAAACGGCACACACCUUAUGCCUUUGGAUGGCGCGGUGUGCUGGUGCUGGUGCUGGUGCUGGGCGAUAACGCGGACACUGUAGAAUGUGGUUGUCCCGUUGUUUUUCUGUGUACUUUUGCAGACCCCUGUCUCAAGAACCGCGCUAACAAUCAAACCAGCAUUGAACUGUAUGUCUGUACAUUGACGUACUCCACUCAUGUCGUCGUUGCGAUGGGUUUCAUGUUCCAUUGCAUGUUCCAAUGCCAGGUACAAAGGUUACACGCCGGCGAAUCGUCGGGCUGGGCGGCCGAUAUUUGCGAAUCACAGUUGCAAUGCUCGACAGCCCUCACGGAACUCUGGCAGCUUUGUCCCGAUACGUACCCCUUAACAUCGUCUUCCGGGGCGCCCGAAUCUGGGUCUAGGGAGUUGAAAGUUUAUGGGAGUAUUGAGAGUAAUGAGUUUGAGGAUGGUAAUGUUGAAGGUGGUGUUGAGAGUAAUGAUAUUGAAAGUAGUAAUAUUAAAAGUAUUGGUGUUGAAAGUAGUAAUGUUGAAGAUAGUAUUGAGAGUGAUGAUAUUGAAGACAACGAUAUUGAAGACAACGAUAUUAAAGACGGCAUUAAUUAA